AUGGAGUAUGUCAGAACAUGUUCAUCGUGUGCAACUGCCGCAAAAUCACCACCACAUGAAUCUCCACAGGCUUGGGGUAAAACUAACACUCCAUGGGAGCGCAUACACGUAGAUUAUGCAGGACCCAUUGAUGGGGAAUAUUUUCUGAUUGUAGUUGAUGCAUACUCUAAGUGGCCGGAAAUAUUCAAGACACCAAGUAUUACAUCAACAGCUACGAUAACUAUGUUGAGAGGAUUAUUCGCCCGGUUUGGCAUGCCGGUGACUUUAGUAACAGAUAAUGGUACGCAAUUUACCAGCGAAGCAUUCAGUGAUUUUUGUUUGAAAAAUGGUGUGCAUCAUAUGAGAACAGCGCCGUUCCACCCUCAGUCAAACGGCCAGGCCGAGCGUUUUGUGGAUUCGUUUAAACGGGCAUUGCGGAAGAUAAGAAUUGGUGGCAUGGCGUUACAAGAGGCAAUCGACAUAUUCCUGCAAACGUAUAGAACAACUCCAAAUCCUCAGGUAGAGCAGAACAAAUCACCCGCAGAGCUCAUGUUUGGAAGACAUAUUAGAACCUGUUUUGAAUUACUGCGGCCGCCACCAAGACUAGAGAACCAAGCCACAUACAACAGCACGAGAUUAUUCAAACAAAGCGAUCUAGUAUUUAUCAAAGAGUAUAGCCGAAACAAUUGGAAAUGGAUACCUGCGGUUAUAGUUAGAAAGAUUGGCCAUGUAAUGUAUCUGGUGCAAACAAAUGAUCGGCGUACUAGGAGGUGUCAUAUGAACCAGAUAAGACAACGAUUUUGUGAAAGCACUGAAAACAGGUCAUUAGCUAGCAUUCCUCUAAGUGUUUUGUUGGAAUCGUGGAAUUUACCGUUACCGCCGCAAACCACGAUCAAUCCUAGCGAGACAGAGACACCCGUUGCAUGUACGUCUAUACCUCAGACUCCUUCGACGUGCAUGUUACAGCCAGAAAGCGCGUCACAGCCAACAAAAGCAUCAUCAAGUAGCGAUCGCCGUGUCGUCUGCAAACAGGAACAACUGGGCACCUCUAGGAAGAGCAGGAAGGUCCGCCGUGAACAGCAGAUACAGAAGUGGGCCCAGAACGCUGCCCUGGGGUACGCCCGCCGGUACAUGCUGCACAUCCGAAUUAUAUGGGCCGAUGACAACACGGAAGGUGCGGUGCUGCAGGGUAUGUCGAGCGUUAAUAUCGCCACCAACGAUGGUCCGCAUAUUGAGGUGCGUCAGUACAUUAAGGUCUCUUCGGAAAGCCUGUGCUGUGAUGUUGGUGCACUGUUUAGGGCAGUAGAUCGCCAGAAAACAAACUGA